UUCUUAGUGCUUGCCCCGCCCCCUCCGUGCCGGUCGGGCCGCUCGGUGCCGGCCGCGGUCCUGCCGCGCCGCUCGGUGCCAGUCCCGCCGCCGCCAUGCGUAGCCGCAGCAACUCAGGCGUGCGGCUGGACGGGUACGCGCGGCUGGUGCAGCAGACGAUCCUCCGGCACCAGGACGCGGUGACGGGCCUGCUCCCCGCCAGUGCCGACCACCGCGAUGCGUGGGUCCGGGACAACGUGUACAGCAUCCUGGCCGUGUGGGGGCUGGGCCUGGCCUACCGCAAGAACGCGGACCGGGACGAGGACAAGGCCAAGGCCUACGAGCUGGAGCAGAGCGUGGUGAAGCUGAUGCGGGGACUGCUCCAGUGCAUGAUGAGACAGGUGGACAAGGUGGAGGCGUUCAAGUACAGUCAGAGCACCAAGGACUGCCUGCAUGCCAAGUACAACACCCACACCUGUGCCACCGUGGUGGGGGACCAUGAGUGGGGCCACCUCCAGAUGGAUGCCACCUCCCUCUACCUGCUCAUGCUGGCACAAAUGACAGCCUCAGGCCUCCACAUAAUUCACAGCCUGGAUGAAGUCAACUUUAUCCAAAACCUCGUGUUCUACAUUGAAGCAGCCUACAAAACUGCGGACUUCGGGAUAUGGGAGCGCGGGGACAAGACAAACCAGGGCAUUACCGAACUGAAUGCGAGCUCCGUCGGCAUGGCCAAGGCUGCCCUGGAGGCACUGGAUGAGCUGGAUCUCUUUGGAGCAAAGGGAGGCCCGCAGUCGGUGAUACGGGUGCUGUCAGACGAGGUGCAGCACUGCCAGUCCAUCCUCCACUCGAUGCUGCCCAGGGCCUCCUCGUCCAAGGAGGUGGAUGCUAGCGUGCUCUCUGUCAUCUCCUACCCAGCGUUUGCUGUGGAGGACAGUGAGCUGGUGGAAAUCACGAAGCAAGAGAUCAUCACGAAGCUGCAGGGGCGCUAUGGCUGCUGCCGCUUCCUCCGGGAUGGAUACAGGACCCCCAAAGAGGACCCUAGUCGCCUCUACUACGAACCUGCAGAGCUGAAGCUGUUCGAGAACAUCGAGUGCGAGUGGCCUCUCUUCUGGGCGUACCUGAUCAUCGAUGGAGUUUUCAGUGGAAACAUGGAGCAGGUGGAGGAGUACCGGGAAGCCCUUGAGGGGAUUCUCAUCAAGGGGAAGAAUGGGAUGCGCCUGAUGCCAGAGCUGUACAGUGUCCCGCCCGACAAGGUGGAUGAGGAGUACAGGAACCCCCACACUGUGGACAGGAUACCCAUGGGCAAGCUGCCGCUCAUGUGGGGACAGUCCCUCUACAUCCUGGGCUGCCUGAUGGCUGAGGGGUUUCUAGCUCCCGGUGAAAUAGAUCCCCUCAACCGCCGGUUUGCGACUGUCCCCAAGCCCGAUGUGGUGGUCCAAGUGUGCAUCCUGGCAGAGACAGAGGGGAUCAAGGCUGUCCUGAGGAAGGAGGGCAUCGACGUGGAGACUGUGGCAGAUGUCUACCCCAUCAGAGUGCAGCCUGCUCGCAUCCUUAGCCACAUCUACGCCCGGCUGGGCCGCAACAAGCAGAUGAGCCUGACGGGACGGCCCUACCGGAACAUGGGUGUCCUUGGGACCUCCAAGCUCUACAACAUCAGGAAGAACAUCUUUACCUUUACCCCACAGUUCAUAGACCAGCAGCAGUUCUACCUGGCUCUGGACAACAAGAUGAUUGUGGAGAUGCUGAGGACAGACCUCUCCUACCUCUGCAGCCGCUGGAGGAUGACGGGGCAGCCAACCAUCACCUUCCCCAUCUCCCACACCAUGCUUGAUGAAACCGGCAGCAACGUGCACCCCACAGUGCUGGCAACGCUGCGGAAGCUGCAGGACGGGUACUUCGGUGGCGCAAGGAUCCAGACGGGUAAGUUGUCGGAGUUCCUGACAACGUCGUGCCGAACGCACCUCAGCUUUAUGGACCCUGGGCCAGAGGGUAAGGUCUUUGCCAAGAGUUACGAGCUCAGCAUUGGCAGCUUUGAGGAGCUAGACGCCGAGGAGUGGCUGCAUGGCUUGCAGAUAGCAGAGGAUGCGGACACAUACGAUGAGGUUGCUCAGUACCUGGACCACCUGCUGCAGCGCACGGUUCCGCAGUCGAACCUCCCUCCCACUGCCCAGCGGGGAGGGCUGAACCGCUUCCGAGCUGCUGUCCAUACCACCCGUGACCUCAUGUCCCUGGCAUCCAAGGCCAAGGACCUUCACAUCCAGGAUGUUGGCAUGUACGUCCCCAGCAAGAUCUUCCAGGCGUCCCAGCAGUCGGUCAAGCUGCUGAGUUCACCUGUCCAGCAGGAUGUGGAUGGCAAGAGCCACAUGCUCCAUGCAGAGAUGAACCUGCCCCGUGACAAGGAUGGCAACGUGGACUGCAAGGCACUGGUGGACCAGCUGCGCAUUUGCCCCACACUGCAGGAGCAAGCAGACAUCCUCUACAUGCUCCACAUCCUCAAGGGUCCCGACUGGCACACCGGGCUCGACAGCGAGCCUGGCCCCACUGUCAAGGAGCUCCUCACUGAGCUGUAUGUGCGCGUGGGGAACACGCGCCAGUGGGCUCUGAUCCGCUACAUCUCUGGCAUCCUCAAGAAGAAGGUGGAAGCUCUGGAUGAGGCCUGCACUGACCUCCUGUCUCACCAGAAGCACUUGACGGUGGGUCUGCCCCCGGAGCCGCGUGAGAAGACAAUCUCUGCCCCGAUGCCCUACGAGGAGCUCGUUCGCCUCAUUGAUGAAGCCAGCGAGAAGAACCUCAGCGUGUCCAUCCUCACCCAGGAGAUCAUGGUUUACUUGGCCAUGUACAUACGCACAGAGCCUGUACUCUUUGCUGAGAUGUUCCGCAUCCGCAUAGGGCUCAUCAUCCAGGUGAUGGCAACAGAGCUGGCGCACUCCCUGCACUGCUCGGCUGGAGAAGCCACCGAGAACCUGAUGAAUCUCAGCCCAUCCGACAUGAAGAGCCUGCUCUACCACAUCGUCUCUGGGAAGGAGUUCGGGGUGGAAAAAAGUGUGCGAUCAGUCGACUCAUCGGUCACCGCUGCUAUCUCCAUCUGUGAGGUGGGGGCUGUUGGGGCCACCAAGCCUGAGCGUGCUGGCAUCGUCAGGCUGAAAAGUGAGAUCAAACAGCAACUGGAAAAACGUAGGCAGUCUCUGACUGGGAAUAAGCCUCUCAGUUUGCAGUCCACGGAGGCCGACCUGACGUCCUCUCUGUCUGGUGGGCACUCAGAGCUGCUGGGCAAGGGCUCCUUUUCAAGCAUGCUGGAAGGCCAGGGCAGUAAGGACAGCCGCCAGGGCCAGUGGCAGCGGAGACGGCGACUGGAUGGGGCCCUCAACCGUGUCCCUAUGGGCUUCUACCAGCAAGUGUGGAAGGUUCUGCAGAAGUGCCAUGGCCUCUCUGUGGAGGGCUUUGUUCUUCCCUCUUCAACAACCAGAGAGAUGACCCCAGGGGAAAUGAAAUUUGCUGUGCACGUGGAGUCGGUUCUCAACCGUGUGUCCCAGCCAGAGUACAGGCAGCUGCUGGUGGAGACCAUCUUAGUGCUCACCAUGCUGGUGGACAUGGAGGUGCACACCAUUGGCAACAUCAUAGCUGUGGAGAAGAUCCUGCAAAUAGCAAAUGACCUCUUCUAUGAGGAGCAGAAAGCCCUGGGCGCUGAUGACCACAUGCUGGAGAGGGAUCCUGCCACGGGCAUCUGCUGCCUGCUGUACGACAGCGCGCCGAGCGGCCGCUUCGGCACCAUGACCUACCUGUCCAAGUCGGUGGCCAUCUAUGUGUACGACUUCCUGCCCGCCGACGGCUGCUCCAUGCAGUAGCUCUUGCGGCUCCUCUCCUCAGGUUGCAGGCACUGCAGGAGGAUUGUUUCAUACAGCUUUUAAAGGUGGACAUUAGGCUAGUUUGCAGGCAGCCUGCGUGGCCAUCUCUCCUCCCAGUCCUGGCCUGCGGUGGGCGCGGGGCUCUCCCGCAGGAGGCACGUGUGCUGAGCGGAGCUGGGCCUGCCCGCAGCCUGCGGAGCGAGGGCUGGCAGGGAAAGGCUGAGCUUUCAAACCUGCUUGUGUUAAAGUGUCUGCCUGCGUGGCUCCUCCUUGGCUAUUGCCCCUGGGGGGCCUGUGUCUGAGGGAAACAGAAAGUCCCCUCGCCAGGUGUGUGUGCUCGGCCCUGCAGCGCUCCUGCCCAGCUCACGCUCUCCCUGCCUCCAGCAGGUUUGAGGUUUUUAACCUGUUCCGUGCUGCUUUUUAUUCCAAAUCUGCAGGGUUUAUACUAGUGUAGGCUGGAGCUCUUGCUCCUCCUGCUGCUGAUGGAAAAGCUUUGUUAGAAGAAGAGGGGAUGCUGCCUGAGGCUCUCUCCCAGCACACCCAAAAUCAAAGCAGUCCUGUGCAGCCCAUCAUGCCCCUUUCAGGAGUCUGGUGUGUGUAGCUGGGGAGGCUGGGGGAGGCAGGAGCAUCCCAAGGUGGUAACAGAUCUCUGUUAGCACCAAGCUGUGAGUGCAGAGCUUCUGUCUGGCUGGGGGAUAUCGCCGGCAGCCGCUCCCUGCUGUCUCCUCUGCCCUGGCAGCAUUGCUAAUGGGCAAGUCAUAGAAUGAUUUGGGUUGGAAGAGACCCUUAAGAUCAUUGAGCCCAACCGUAAUCUUAACUCCAGCACUAAACCAUGUCCCUAAGAA